CCAUAUUAUAUCAUUUAUCACACAUCUUGGAAGCCUAAUAAGCUAAGAAGUAGCUAGCUAGCCCUAGCCCUAGCCUUAGCCAUGGCCACCACCACCGUCUUCUCCCUCCUCCUCCUAGCCACACUGGCGGCCGCAUGCGGCGGCGUUCCGUGCAAGCAGCCGGGGGCAAUCCCAAAGCCGCCCCUGCAGGGCCACAGGGGGUUUCCGGUGAACCCGUACUGCCCGAGGGACGCCCUCAAGCUCGGGGUGUGCGCCAACCUUCUGGGAGGGCUGGUCAGCGUGGAGAUCGGUCACGCGCCGACCAGCCCUUGCUGCACCUUCCUUGAAGGCUUGGCGGAUGCAGAGGCAGCUUCCUGCCUCUGCACCGCCCUGAAGGGCAACGUCCUCGGCCUCAACAUCGAAGUUCCCGUCGCUCUAAGCGCGCUCGUCAGCGCUUGCCAGAAGACCAUCCCUCCCGGCUUCAAGUGCCAUUGAUAUAUUCAUUUAUAAAUAAAUCUCAAGAUUUAUUUAUUUAGAAUUUGUUGCAUCAUCAUUGUUAUUGUUGUUGUUUUAUUUGUUGUGUCUUCUCUUCUUUAUUAUUUCUUCAAGCUAAAAGUGUUGUUUUCCUCGAUCUCUUUUAUUGAAAUCUUAUGUAAUGGUAUGGGUGUGUUGUAAUAUUUGGUCGUCAUGUACGUUCACUUUCAUAUAUAUUGGAAUCAAAGGAUGGGAGUUUUUAAAAAUGUUCAAAUGAUAUUCACACACAUCUUGUUUGGGAACAACUUUCUCAGUGUGUGAAUAUAUAAUUUGGUGAGAG